CCACUUCGAGAUCUUGCUUCAGCUUCAACUUGCUCUCGACAGCUUUUCCUCUCUCUUCUCCUGGUGAACUUGUUUUAUGAUCUGCCUGCAUUGUCUCAUAUUGAAGCAAUGACAACGAAGUCUCAAUCCCCCGGCCCAAAUCCAACUACGUCACAGCUGAAACAGGCAAGAUCGAGAAAAGCUGCGAAUCAGUCGGAGCAAACUGUUUCUGGAAGAGCAGGUUCUACGGGCGGAAUCAUGCUCGAGAAAGAGCAGGCUGUGAAGAGUACCGGUGCUCCAGCUUCUGCUGCGACGAAAGCUGCGACGAUUCCGCCAGCGAAGGAUAAGGAUGCGGCUACGCCAGCAGGAGGAACAGGACCCAACCGCCAGCGUCGACGACCCAGGAAAUUGAACAAAGAGCCUGCACCCGCCCAGAAUGCAGCCGAUGCUUCGACAGCAGGCACCACAGCUACGUCGGCACCUCCAGCUUCGACAGCCGAGAUAGAAGCACUGAAGUCCCGCGUGCGAGGCCUUGAAGCUAAAGUAGAAGAGCUCUACAAGAGCACAGAAGCGCGAACAGGUCGCUCCCCACGACGUCGCGGAAAAGGGCGCAAAGAUUCCUCCUCUACACAAGUACCAACCAUCGCUACCGUCGCCGAAACCGCACAGCCAGCCGAGGAAGAAGAAGCAGACGAGGAGCUGACCAGGCUUGAAGACGAGCUUGAGGUCGCGCGGCGCGACCUGGAAACCUUCCGGCCGCGCAAUCGGCCGCGAGGCAAACGCACUACUUCAGAAGAAACUGUCGAGGAGAUACCGCGCAGCGGCAUCGGCGCAACCGACGACACCGUCCAUACAGGUGACAGGCAAGUCACGCUCACCGGCAACUACCGCAUCCCUCUGCCCGCCGCCGUCUCCAUGUCCGAUGUGAAGUCGAUCCAAAGCGGCGUCUCCGCUGCUCAGAACGUCGCAAAAUCCUUCCUCGAACAACGUCGCGCUGCUCAGGCCACGCAAGGCGCCCAGAACCCAAAGCCGCCAGCACCGAAACCGAAGAAGGCGGCGCCGUCGAUGGAGGUCAGCAAAGAGACCAACGGGCAGACGUGGAGCGAGUGGUUUGGCGGAUAUAGCAUGGCAGUUUCUAGAGCGGUGAAGAAUAUCGAGGCUGAGGCUGCCAUUGAGAGCCAAAGGCGGCCGACGCAGGCGGGAAGGACGGUAAGUGCGCCCUCGAGUGCGAAGAGAGCGGCAGGUGGUGGGACAGCGGCGAAGGCGGGCACGCAGAGGCCGGGAAUGAAGGCGAGGCAGGGCAAUUUGAGUAGUGAGCAGGUGCAAGGUCUCAUGCGUUAGACCAUAUGCGCAUAGGAAGAGGAUGCAGGAUAUGUACUAGCUGAGAGGGAACAUGUGUGCAUUAUGAGCAUGAAGUUUUGCUUUGGGUAUUGGCGAUCAUGGGAUGUAGUGUGCAAAAAGUUAACGCAAAUGACAUGAAUGUGUG